ACGCUGUCCUCCCGGCCGCCAUAUUGGACAGGAGCAAAACAAUCACACAGCCGCUGCGAUUUUAGCUCCUGGCUGAAGAUCCCCAAAAUGUCAGGGUUCUUUGAGGUAGAGGCGGAGGAGAGUGAGGAGGAGGAGGAGGAGUAUGAUGAGGAUGAGAAGAAGAAGCUGAAGAUGAUGAAGAAGAAGUCACACAUCCAAGACUCAUCGGAGGAGGAGGACGAGGAUGAGGAAGAUGAGGAGAACAAUGACUUCAUCAAUGACAAUGAGGAGGAUGAGGAGGAGGAGGAAGGUGGCUCCGACAGCGAGGUGGAGGGGAAGAAGAGGAAGAGGAGGGAUGAUGAUGAUGAUGAUUUGGAGGCUGACAAUUUGGAUGAGGAUGACUUGGAUUUGAUUGAGGAGAAUAUUGGUGUCAAGCUCGAUAGGAAGAAAAAGUUCAAGCGUCUCAAGAGGAUCCAGGAUGACGACUCUGACGCAGACAACGAGGACAUCCAGGAUCGCAUCAGGAAUGAGAUCUUUGAGCAUUCUGGCGACGAGGAUGAAGAUGGAGCGUCCCAGGCCCACCCACCUCAGCAGCCAGAGACUUACCCAUCAGACGAGGAGGAAGAGGGAGAAUAUGAUGACGAGAUCUUCAUCGUGGACGAGGAGGGCAAGCCUGCCCGCCAGAAGAAGAAGCCAGUGUUUGAUGACGAGGGCCUGGAAGCUGCUAGGGACAUUUUUGGUUGUGACUUUGACUACGGAGAGUUUGAGCAGUAUGAAGAUUGGGAGGAGGAGGAAGACGAUGAUGAGGGUGAAGAUGAUGAGUAUGAGGAAGAGGAGGAUGGAGAGGCAAGGGAGCGCAGGCGAAGCAGGAAGGAACGAAGGAAGCAAGUCAAGAAGUCAAUCUAUGAGGUGUUUGAGCCGAGUGAGCUGGAGCGUGGCCAUCUCACAGACCAGGAUCACGAGAUAAGGAAGCUGGACAUGCCUGAGAGGUUCCAGCUGCGGCAGAUUCCAGUCACCAGGACGAGAGGCGAGGCUGACGACCGCACCACUGACAAGGAGCUGGAUCAGGAGGCAAAGUGGAUAUAUCACCACGCUUUCUUCCGCCCGUUCAUAUCCAACCAGGAGGGUCGUGAGGAGGCAAGGAUGAGGUCUCGGCGUGACAUCAACAUGAUACAGAAGAUCUACAACGCGCUGGACCUGAUGAGGAACUCCACAUGUGAAGUGCCCUUCAUUGCAUUCUACAGGAAGGAGGAGGUGCAGCCUGAGCUCAACAUCCAUGACCUGUGGAAGGUGUACCAGUGGGAUGAAAAGUGGUGUCAGUUGAAGAACCGGAAGGAGAACUUACGCACAAGGUUCCAGAUGAUGGCGGAGUACCAGGGCGACCUCAUCAUGAAGGACCUGGACGCCCCGCUGCCAGAGAACAUGCGCAUGCUCAAGGAGGAGGACAUGGAGAGAAUUGAGGAGAUAGAGACAUCGGAACAGUUCAAUGACUACUACAAGCAAUUCCUCCUGUACUACGGCAAGGACCAGCCGGCCAUGAGGGACCACAUGAAGGCGCGCCGCAGGGAACGCAGACCCACCACUAGAAUUGUAAAGGUAAUGCGGAAAGUAAGGAGAAAGAAAAAGAAGAAGAAGAACAUGAUUAUUGAAGAUGACGAUGAGGAGGAAGAGGCAGAGAAGAACAAAGAAGGGGAGAAGGACAAGGAGAUGGAGACGGAGAAGAACGGGGAAGAGGGAGAGCAAAACAAAACCACGGAAGGAGAGGACGGUGAAAUAACAGGCGAGAAAACGACUGACGAAAAUGGCGAAGAGAUAGAAAAGGAGAAGGAGAAGGAGAAGGAGAAGGAGAAGGAGAAAGAAGAUGGGGAGGAUGAUGACGAUGAUGAAGAUGAAGAAGAAGAAGUGGAGACAGAGGUUGAGGAAGAGGUAGAGGAAGAGCAGCCUGAACCAGAGGAAGAUACAGAGGCACUGAAGAAGGCUGUUAGGAGGCAUGAAUACGAGUUACUCAGAAGAGCUGGCAUUGAGUCACUCACCAAGAAGUUUGGCUUGACACCUGAACAAUUUGGUGAGAACCUGCGGGACAGUUACCAGCGGUUUGACGUGGAACAGUGUCAGGAGGACCCCAUGAAGGAGGCUGAGGAGUUCCUAUCAAAGAUGUGCAGCACCCCGGAGCGAGUGCUGGAGGCGGCAGUGCGGAUGGUGGGGUGGCAGCUGGCAUGCGACCCCCUUGUUCGCCGCACCAUCCGAGAGGCAUAUUUUGAGCGUGCCAGGAUCAGUAGCCGACCCACAACACAGGGCCUGAAGAUCAUUGACGAGCACCAUCCCCUUUAUGCUGUGAAAUACCUCAAGGACAAGCCGGUGACAGACCUCCAGGGCGACCAGUUCCUGCGGCUCAAGUGUGGCGUGGAGGACAAGCUCAUGACUAUCAGCCUCAGCGACAUUAUGGAUGGCAACACCACCGUCAACUUCCUGGACGAGGCCAAGCAGCUCUACUACCGGGACGAGUUCUCCCAAGUGGUGCAGGACUGGAAUGACCUGCGAGGCCGCGCCGUGACCUUUGCCUACAAGCGGGUUGUGGAGGACCUGAAGAGGGAGCUGACCCAGCGCCUGUUGCAGGAGGCCCGUGACCACGUGACGGAGCAGUGCUGCAGCAAACUGUACAACUGGAUCAAGAUUGCGCCGUACGACCCUGGAGACUUCACCGAUGAGGACGCCGAUGACUGGGACACCUCUAAGGGCUUCAGGGUGUUCUCCAUUGCCUUCGUGCCAGACCUGUCCCAGGCCGCCUUUGGGUGCUGCAUUGACAUAGACGGUGACUGCUGCGAGUACAUCCGCCUGGCCCACCUACUAAAGCGCCGCAACGCGUACAAUGAGCGGGAUGCCAUGGCCAAAGACAGUGACAUCCGCCGCAUGCAAGACUUCAUCCUGCGCCGCAAGCCGCAUGUCAUAGCCGUCAGCGGGGAGUCCCGGGACGCCCUCAUGGUGAAGGAGGACCUCAUACAGAUUGUGAAGGAUCUGGAGGAGCAGGAGCAGUUCCCCAAGAUCAGCGUAGAGAUCAUCGAGAACAAUCUGGCUGACGUGUACUCCAUGUCCAAGAAGGGAGAGGCAGACUUCCUGGAUUACCCACCACUCCUGCGCCAGGCCAUCUCCAUUGGCCGCCGCGUGCAGGACCCCCUCAUUGAGUUCUCUCAGCUGUGCAAUCCUGAUGAAGAACUCCUCAAUAUCAAGUUCCAUCCCCUGCAGGACCAACUCAACACUGCAGAGCUGCUCAAUGCUCUCUACACUGAGUUUGUCAACAGAACCAAUGAGGUGGGAGUGGACCUGAACCGUGCUGUGGCUUACCCUUACACCCAGAACCUUGUACAGUUUGUGUGUGGGCUGGGUCCCCGAAAGGCCAACCUCCUCAUCAAGAACAUGAAGCAGAACAACCAGCGGCUGGAGAACAGGAACCAGCUGGUGGUGAGCUUCCACAUGGGGCCCAAGGUGUUCAUCAACUGUGCCGGCUUCAUCAAGAUUGACACCAAUGCUCUGGGUGACAGUGAUAACUACAUUGAGGUCUUGGACUCCACCAGGAUCCACCCUGAAGCCUAUGACUGGGCAAGGAAAAUGGCUGUGGAUGCCUUAGAAUAUGAGGAGGAGGAGGGGAAGCCAGCAGAGGCACUGGAGGAAAUCCUUGAGACCCCAGAGAGGCUGAGUGAAUUGGAUCUGGAAGCCUUUGCCACUGAGCUGCAGAAUCAAGGCUUUGGCAAGAAGAACACCACCCUGUAUGACAUCAGGCAUGAGCUCAACCAUAGGUAUAAAGACUUCCGGCUGCCGUUCAGGUCCCCGACUCCAGAGGAAGUCUUCAAUAUGCUCACCAAGGAAUCCCCAGAAACAUUCUAUGUCGGAAAGCUUGUACAAGUCUCGGUGUCCAACUUCAUUCACCGGAAGCCCCGUGGCGACCAGCUGGACAAUGCUAAUCCAGUUCGUAAUGAGGACACUGGACUGUGGCAGUGUCCCUUCUGUCUGAAGAAUGACUUCCCUGAGUUGAGUGAAGUGUGGAAUCACUUUGAUGCUGGGGACUGCCCUGGCCAGGCCAUUGGUAUUAGAGUGCGUCUUGAUAACGGCAUAUCUGGGUUUAUCAGCAUAAAGAACCUGUCAGACAAAACAGUGACAAACCCGGCCGAGAGAGUGAGGAGGGAUGGCCUCGUGUUGUGUCGCAUCAUGAAGAUUGACCCGGAGAAGUUCUCUGUCGAGUUAACAUCAAGAACUUCUGAUCUCCAGGAUAGAGAUACCAAGUGGAAGCCUCCAAAGGAUGCUUACUAUGACCAUGAGGCAGAGGAGAAAGACCUUAACCUAGAUAGGAAGAAGAAGGACAAAAAGAAGACCCAAUACCAGAAGCGUGUCAUUGCUCAUCCUUCCUUCAGGAACAUAGACUACAAUGAAGCUGAGAAGGUGAUGCAGCAGCUAGAGCAGGGUGAGGUCAUCAUCCGGCCCUCCAGCAAAGGCAAUGACCACCUCACAGCGACAUGGAAGGUCACUGACGGCAUCUGUCAGCACAUAGACAUUCAGGAGCAGGACAAGCAGAAUGACUUUUCCCUGGGACAGAAGCUGUGGAUUGGCUCUGAGGAGUUUGAGGAUCUGGAUGAAAUUAUCGCCCGGUACAUCACCCCUAUGGCUGUCAAUGUCCGACAGAUCCUGGAGUACAAGUAUUACAAGGAAUCCAUCGCAGGCAACAAGGAGAAGGCAUCCGAGUUGCUCAAGGAAGAGAAGAAGAAAAACCCAAAGACCAUUCCAUACAUCUUCUCUCCGAGUAAGGAGCUGCCCGGCAAGUUCCUGCUGUCCUACCUGCCACGCACCAAAGUGAUCCACGAGUACGUCACCGUCACACCCGAAGGCUUCAAGUUCCGGCAGCGCAUGCAGCACCCCAACCUGGCCGGCCUCCUAAAGUGGUUCAAACAGAACUUCAGGCGGGCAGUGCCGGGCACCACGCCUGGCAUGAUGUCUACCCGCACACCGUACAUGGGAGGCACCACUCCCAACCUGAUAGGAGUGGACCCCUCCACCAUCCAGAAGGUGGCCCAGAACCUCAACCCACACAUGCUGCACAACCUCUCCCAGGCUGCCACCAACACCCCCUACGGUGCCCACACACCAGGGGCCUUCUCCCAGGGCUACUCCAACUAUGCCAACACUCCCUACACUCCCUCUGGCCAGACACCCUUCAUGACGCCAUAUGCUACCCCCGGCCCCUCCACCACGCCCCGCUAUGGCUCUCAGACACCUGUCUAUGGCAGCACAGGUAACCGCACACCUUCCCACCGGCCCUCUGGCAGCCACCCCUCUCAGACACCUCGCUCCAUCCCCACCGUCAGCACCCGGACAGAACAAAUGGACUGGAAGCUGGCAGCGGCGGCGUGGGUGCAGGCCAAGGGCGGCACCAGCGGCCACAACAGCCACAACAGUGGAAGAAUGACACCACGCCACCACGACAGCGGCCGCAGCACUCCACGCUACUCUGACAACUCCCGGGACUCCCGCUAUUCCGCCAGCCCCAGGUACCACGAGGAUGGGUCACGCCGCACGCCGCGUUAUGAUGACCGCACCCCACGCUCCUACCAUGACUAUGAUAACCCCCGUGCCACCCCUCGCUCAGCCCGCUCCACGCCCAAGACCAUUCACUCUCCUGCCAACAUGAGCAUUGGCGGGGACCAGACACCCCUGUAUGACGAAUGAGGUGACCCCUCCCCUCCCUCCCCAUCACUGUAACAUCUUUCCCCCCUCCUCAUCACCCCCCUCACCCCUCACCUGCCUGGGAGCUGGACUCGUGCAACAAUAAGGUUGGGAUUCCUAAUGUGGUUCUUUUACUGUGUAAAAUAGAACAUAGUUGUCAGUUUUCAAUUCAAUUUAAUUAUUUCUUUUCCUUCUUGUAUGUCCCCAUACUCUUAUAUAUUUUAUAUAUUGUCUUGGUAGCUGUAGAGGUGAUGACAUUUGCAUACAAAUACCCAGAUGGGUGUUCUUUUGCAUUACUAAGCUUGUAAGAGUGACUACCCACAUCACCAGGCUCCUUAGACCAGCUGCUGUGAUCUGAUCAAUACAGGUGACACAUGUGGCUGUUUGUCUUACUCUCACCAUUGGUCAGGCGUUUUCCAGUGAUCCAAGUAUUAUUUAAUUUUUUAUUAUGUAAUAUACGGUGAAACUAA